GUCAAAGCAUUUUGAUCCGAAGUAAUGAUCGGCACGGGUUAUGUGGGAUGUGCGAACGAAAUUAUCGUAGUCAAUCGACAAGGGUAUAAAAGACUCCUUGUCGUCCUUGCUGCAUCACACGAUCUCACAACGUCUUUGCAGUCAGCAACAUCACCAUCCCUGUAAGAAUCAAGAUGCAGAGAAUCACCUGUGUUGUUUUCGUCCUGGCCGUUGUUGCCAUGGUAUCUUCACGCAACCCUCUCACCAAGGCUGUCAUGAAGGCCAGGGAUGCAGCUGGAAACUCCGCACUUUCGGAGGGUGGUUCUGACCUGUACCGUGAUGCUGAAGGCAUGGCCGAGUCAUGCGACGCUGGUGUGGUUUCUGAAAUCGGUGGAAUUUCCUUCGUCGAUUCUGGGGAUUCUGCUGCUGAUGCUCUCGCAUAUGCAUCCAAACUGGGUGCCCAAGCUGGACCAGCUGGCUCUUCCUCUAUCGCCUGUGAUUCUUACAAAUGCCCGGAUGGAACCGUCAUUGGAGCCUGUGCCUUUGAGUAGAAGAAAUGAUUGCUGAUAACAGAAAGCUGAACCGAACGGAAUUUCUCUUGGAUAUUCAGUCGUAUUGUAUUGAGUUGUGUUGAUUAAAAAACGAUGAUCAUCUAA